GUUUGGAUGACCCCUCGGCCUUGUGAGAUCUUCUGUUGUCUUGUUUCCGCGCGUGUUGAGUAGCUGAACAUUGUAGCCUUCGUUCGUCAUGCGGUCCAGCAGCUGAAGGUCUCAGUAUAGUAGUCACACUUUGGAAAUUCUCCUCCUGCCUGACCUGCCGCGAUUCAGUCUGAGGAUGAGGUUUGCGAAUGAUUGUACGUACUCUCUGCACGCGGCGAAUGCAUAUUUUGGGUGAUGAUUCCUUAAUCUUCCGAGGGUUUGGAGCAGUUUCAACCAGGACACACUUACAGCUAUUACAGCAUUUGCAUCCCCUCCAUUGCCCUGCUUCGAGCCACCAGGUCAACAAUCAUAUCACACACCAGGACUUGCCACUAGGUAGGUCCAUUCUGAGGGAUCCAACACUCUACCUGACGAGUCUGGAAUGAGUCUGGAGGUCUGUCUGAACGAGUCACACGUCUCGGACUGGACUCGAAAACACAUUUCUCAUUGUUUUGUGGUCUUGUAGAACAUGCAGUGUGCAUGAGAACUCGGUGAAUAUCGUCAAUGCUACUUUGCACAUAUCGACAGGCUAUCACUAUUUGUUCAUUUACUGAAGCCAGAUACGCAACGUGAGGUCAUUUGGAAAGUUGCAUUAUAUUGUUUCUGUAUGUGUAUCUGACACAAGUUGCUACAUAGAUCCCACUUGAUUCCAUCACACGACAGUUUGAUCGGCGAUGUAUGUUAAGGACCCUGAGUUACAUAUUACGACUAUUUUUGGGUUCAGUUCAUGCAGAGGACAAUAGUGAUCCGGUUGCUAGUCCCUGUGGGUU